CUUGCGGCCACCACCGGGGCACCAUACGUACUCCGUACAUGUCCUGUCCUGCCUGCCUGCCCGCUCGUCUGGCCUGACCCUGUUGCAAGUCCCAGGUCAUUUCGCCGCCACUGUGGGGCUCGCCUACAUUACACACAGCCCUUGUCGUCACACCAGUCCAUUAUCAGCCCUACUACCAAGUGAGUAUUUUACCUCGAGGACCCGAGGCACGCAGGCACAUCCCCCCACCCCCCUGCACUGCAUGUCUUGCUGUAGGUGUGCCGGUAUCCAUCCAUCCACCUACCUAUCUACCUAUCUAUCUAUCUACCUGUUGCAUGGCGUAAGCGUUGUUUAAAAGCAGCCCGUGUUUCCGGCUCUUCACCGAGCCUCCCUGCUGUGAUUUGGAACAAUGUCUCGUCCUCGUCCUCGUCCUCGUCUCCCUCACGCCCACGCCACGCUUUCGUCCCCGUCUCUGUGAUCCCACCCGGCCCCGGCGGCGGCAGCAGCAGCAGCAGCAACACUACGGAACCAGUCUUUCCAUCCAUCCUUGUCUGCGGCCUGCCAGAUAGAUCAUCAUGGCCUCCACACCCGCACAUGCUCCCACACAGCCACCGCCCCUGGCUGAGAAGGAGCUAUCCGACAUCGAGAAGGCGGCCCCUCCCAGCCCCGGAAACACCUCUCUCGAGGACGCCACCCUCGCCGCGCUGUCGCGUGUCAAGACUGCCGACGAGCAUCAUCCCAUUCACUGUGCGUCGUCUUCUUUUCCCUGCCUCGGCAGGCAUCGCUGAGCACAGGUCCACAGGGAGCUCGACAAAGAAGUGGUUCAUCAUCUUCUGGUACUGCCUCCUGCAGGCGUUUGUCACCCUGACCACCACCACAUACGUGUCGGCCGAGUUCCUGGUCCAGGAGACUUAUGGCGGCAGCACCCAGGUCAUUGCCCUGGGCCAGUCCAUGUUUAUCAUUGGCACUGCCGUUGGCCCUGCCUUUCUCGGGCCUCUGUCGGACAUCAACGGCCGGAAAUGGGUCUACGUCGGAGCCAUCUUCGUCUAUGCCAUCCUGAACAUUGGCUGUGCCAAGGCCCUGAACCUGCCCAUGCUGAUCAUCUUCCAGUUCCUGUGUGGCGCUGCCGGCAGUGUUGCCCUGUGUAAUGUCGCCGGCACCAUCGCCGACCUCUUUGGCGACUCGGAUGGUGCUGGCCAGCCCAUGGCCCUGUUCGUCGCCUCCGCCAACUCCGGCCCUUCCAUCGGCUCGCCUGUCGGGGAAUGGAUAGCCGAGAACCCAAACAUGGGCCUCCCGUGGGUCUUCUGGAUCAAUGUCAUCAUCGGUGCUGCUUUCGCCCUGGGCAUGUGCUUCCUGCCCGAGACCCUGCCACGGACCGUCAUCGCGAGGGCCGUCAGGAAACAGCGGUCCGCCGACCCCCAAGAAGUCGCAAUCGCAGAGAAGAUCGACGUCCUGAAAGAGAUGAGGUUCGUCACCACCAUGGCCCUGAAGAUCAUGGUCACCGAGCCCAUCGUGCUGUUUCUUGGGCUGUACAACGGCUUCGCCUACGGCCUUCUCUUCCUGUACCUGGACGGCGUAUUCGACGUCUUUGUGUACAACAAUGGGUUGAGCUUCAUCGGGGCAGAUCUCACGUAUCUGAACUUCAUAGUCGGCGUCACCAUCAUGUUCUGUAUCGUGCCCCUGCAGACAUACCUCUAUAGGAGAGACAGGCUCAGCCAUGGCACCAACCGGCCCGAAGCUCGCUUUCUCACCUCCCUCGUCGGCGUCUGGGGCUUCCCCAUCUCAUUACUGUGGUUCGCCUUCACUGACGAUGGGUCCGUGAGCUUCUGGUCACCUGUCGUGGCUGGCGGCCUCUUGGCCGUGUGUGACCCCCUGCUCUGGCUGGCCAUGUUGAACUACCUGACGGACUCUUACCCGAGCGUUGCCGCCUCAGCUGUCGCUGCGUUCUUGAUCCCGUCGUUUCUCAUCGCCGCAGGUCUUGCGCACGCCGGCAUCGCCAUGUUCGAGAACAUGACGACCAAGUGGGCCAUGGCAACGCUGGGUUUCAUCUCGUUCGGCCUGGUUGCCCUGGUCUACGUCCUGUUCUUCUUCGGCCCUCGCAUCAGGGCCAGGUCCAGGCUUGCUCGGAAGUCAUAGCUGGGCCAACGCGCACACAGCAUGUGACGAAGCCGCCGCGGCGCACCAGGCGGGACUCGUCAUGUCAAGACAUGAGCGGUGCGUUGGCUAUGACGCCUUGGUGCCGGAAUAGACAAAUAGCAGCGUUCUAUGACAUGCCCUUGGCGUCAACCUUUUCGGCGGGCUUUUGAGGUGCUGGGUAGGUAACUUGCUGCGCAUGUCCGUGGGAUGGAUGUGAGUUCCCGUGCUGUCCACUGGUGCUGAUUGUCAAGACUGCAUUGCCACGCUCGUCAGACUGAUCACGCAGACAGGCAUGCCCUGGUACCCACAAACUAAACUACCCGGGCUUGGAAAACAAUGACAUUAUAGUAUUUCUCUGGUGCUCGCAGGACGGUCUAGGCUCCGAACAGAUGCCCUUGGUCGGUCGCCAUACCCUCAACCAUUUUCGGGAGCAGCAAGUCGUUAAAGGCCCAGAGUAUGGUCGUAAACUGGGCCGAAAACGCCGCCCCCGUCCACCAAGUUGCACGAUGGCCUUGCAGGGCGUACUGGGCCUGGACAAAUCCGGCCUGGAUCUCAUCGGCGUCGACACGCAUGUGCGUUGGGCCAUGGUCCUCGAGCCUCGCAAAUUGGACGGCCUCGUCGGUGGCGGCCAGGACUCCGCUUUCUACCAUCUUACCAAACCCGUCAAGCACGAGACCUUGUGCUCCGUCAGCGUCCAGGCCAGCGUCGGUGUGAACGAUGAUGCGGAAAAGGUUACUUCCCUGGCCGAAAUCGUCGAACCGAGCGUUGAAAGGCGGUAGGGGAAGUGCCGUCCAGUUUGACGGUUCCGCAGCGGUGGGCAUGUUGGUCAGGGACUGGUUUACAACUAGCGACGGAUGCCUUACCGCCCCGACGUAGACCACCGAGCUUUGGAACUUGGAGAAGACGGCGGACUCGCUCGCGUCUAGAUCAAAGGGCCUCAUGUUCUCGGCACUUGGCUCGAUGGCAAGCAGAAGCCGCUGGGCUUUGAUCCGCUUCCUGGCUCCACCUGCGCCCUCCACCGUCAUCGUAACGCCUGAACCAUCGCCACGCUGACAAGAGACCACGGUGCUGGAAUAGAGCACGUCCUGGCCCAGCAGGCCGCCGAUCUUCAGGUACAGCUCAUGGUUGUCACCGGACACCGGAACCACGUUGCUCGUCUCACCGAAAAACGUACCCGUCAACGGUGCUCCUAUGGCCUGCAUCACGUACAUCGUGACAGUAUUCAUGAUUUCGCCGACACCCAUACCCGUCAGUUCGAAAAGCCGCGGUACGGCCGCCGAUAUAUUGUACUUGUCAACAAAGUCUCUGAAUAUCAAUGUCAAGUCCUCUGGGAUGCUGCCCGGCAGUGGGAAAUUAAAAAAGCCUGGUAUGAGCAGGUCCUCAUAUCGCUUGCAGAUUUCAUGGUACAUUUUGAUGGCGGCGAGCGCUUCAGUGCUGGUAGGAGCAACGUAGUUGUCCAGGGCGCGGCCAGUUGUGAAGUCGACGUACUUGGUAGCAAGGGGUGUCUGCGGCUUUGCCAUGACGGAUAUAUUCAUGCGUCCAGUGACGAAGUCGACGGUAUUCUUAUAGGUAGUCCAAGCUUGGACCCCGAUAUUGAUUGGCUGCCCGGUGAGGGGGUCACGAUACGUCUUUGUAUGCCCACCCUGUGACGCAGUCAGCCCUGUAAUAGUCUGCUGCGGAUUGCGCUAUCCUGGCUCACG